UUGGAUUCACUUUCACAUAUUAAUACAAUUCGACCAAGUCGUCUAAUCGAUCAACAAAAUGCAUUGAAAUCCAAUGAAUGGUCAAUCGAAGAUAUCGGAUUCUCAAAUCUUCUUUUGAUAAAUGAAAAUGAGAAGAGCCUCAUUGAAACUGUCACUUUACCAAUAUUGGAUAAAUCGGAGGCGGAAAUUGUGCACAAAUUGUUGGAUGGCUCGAAAAAUGUUGAUUUUUGCACGUGGUCUCCGAUUCCGGUUCGAUAUUUUUGGAAGAAAAUUGAUGCGAUUCCGGUUUUGAGUUCGGCUUCUUUACCACAUUUCACACUGGUUGUUAAUAAAGAAAAUGCGGAAUUGAGGAAUGGAAAAACCAAGAUUAUUGUGCAUUUUGCUAAUGAUAAGGUAAGUUUUUAGGGGUUUCCAAGUUUUAGAGCUUAUGAAAAUCAAAAAUCUCAAUUUUUGCAGAAAGAAGUUGUGAAAAAACUAACAGACGAUCUUCGAAACCGCGAACAAAUCAGUGUUUGGAAAGCGGAAAGAAAACGAGUCGAUUCGAAUUCGAAUUCAUCCGAUGAACCAUUUUGGAUAAAUUGGACAGAUCGAGAAAAACGAGAAUUGAAAUCGAAAGGAUCGGUUAGUGGAUAUUCGAUUGAUCUCAAAUCACAUUCUCCAUAUUUUUCAACAAUUCAUUCGUGGAAAUUUGUUAAUUUGUCCAAUUAGAUCUUUUUUUAUUUUAUGUUAAUGUUUUUUUCUCAAUAUCGGUUCAUAAUUCACGGGUUUUUCAUGUUUUUUUCUUUCGAAAAUUUUGAUGUUUUUUGAAAACAUUUUUUUUUGUAUAAAGUUUAAUAUAUUUCCGGAUGUUAGUAUUGCGCUCGACUUCCAAAAUAUCCAGAAAAACAAGUUUAUUAAAAUCAAAGCGGGUGAUGAUAAUCUCUGUCGACCCAGAAAUUUUUAACCCUUGAAAAAUACGUUUCAAAAAUUUUAUUCAUUUUGUAGUAAUAGAAAAUUUCCAGUCUACAAUCCACUUUUCCACCUUUAAUACCUUGCAGAACAUUUCCAACUUGAGAAUUAUUUCCAGCUUCAUUGUGAAUCAUUUGGCUCUAAAAAAACGAUUUUGAAGAAGUUUCAGAAUUCUAUUGUCAGUUCGCAAUUUCAAUGAAAAAUAAGAAAAUCACUGGAAAAACUAUACAUAUAUUUUUGACGUGACCUUUUUAUGAUUGAAUUUCAUUUCGAUAUUUCUCGGAACCUUUUUUACUCAACACUUCAAAUCGUGUAUAAGACAAAUAAGGCAAGAAAGCGGGAGAUGUCGCUGAAAACGUUAAUUUUUAGGAUAAAAAAUGUUUUUUGAAUACUAAGCCUAAGCCUUGUAAAAAAAUUGAAAUUUCAAAAAUGCACAUUUUCAGCCUAAUUUCCAAAAAUCUGGCACAAAAAUCCAUCCGAAAAAGCAAAAAAAAAAAUAUCAGUUUGUAUGCGGGAUCGAACUCGCCACUCUCAGAUUCAAAAUCAAGCGCUUUACCACUUAACUAUUCAUCUUUUUAUUUGCAGACCACAAAAUGGUCAAUGAAUAAUUUGCAGACCCAAAAGAAAUUUGGGACUGCUUAUUUUUUCUUUGAAAGUUUUGAAUGCGAAAUUGCACCUUUCUAGGGGGUUUACUAAGCCUAAGCCUAAUGAAAAUGUUGAAAUUUCAAAAAUGCACAUUUUCAGACUAAUUUUCAGAAAUCUGGCACUAAAAUUAAAAAAUUUGUAAUUUUAAAAAAUCGCUAAAAAAUCCCGAAAUUGCACCUUUCUAGGGGGUUUACUAAGCCUAAGCCUAAAUAUCUGUAAAUGUUUUUGGUUUUCAAAAAUUUCUCAACUUUUCUAGCUCUUCUCGAAGUUUCCCAAAAUCUAAGCUCCGCCUUUUUUUCGCACCUUGACUUCGGCGGUGCCUUUGAAGUUUAAAAUGUCCGAGGACGGUCGAUUUUGGGUAUCUACGGAUUCAGGAGAACUAGACGAAUCGAAUGAGCUAUAUAUUGAAGGAUUUGGUUGAGUUUGAAGGGUAGAAAUGGUUGGUCAAAGUUAAGAUACCCUUUUCAAAGGCGGUAGGGUUGUAAAAGUCGGGUCGAGUGGCAUCGUAAAAGGAAGGUGCGAAAAUAGAUGAGAGAGUGUGAGAAAUAGAGAGACGCAGAGAUAGAAAGAGUGGAAUAUGGGAAAGUAAGGAAGGACUGUGAGUGGAAUGAAAGAGAGAGAGAGAGAGAGAGAGACGCAGACAGACAUAGAAAAGGGGAAGGAAUAUGGUGAGACUAGUGGUUGUAAAUGACAGGUGGUGUGGUAUGCUACAGUCAGUCCACACUUUUUUAUCUUUAAUUUAUACUUAUUAUUUCAUUUAUUUAUUUUGUAGUUGAAUUUGUGUAAUAGUUUGUGGAAAUUUUGAAUUUUCUUCAAUUUUUUUGAAAAAUUCACAAAAUUUCUGAUUUUUUGGUAUAUUUUUCAUGAAAUUUGGAAAAUGUUGAAAAUUUGCCAAAUACAGUAAUCUUUGCAGUCUGGCUACAGUAACCCUGAGGCUACAGUAUACCUUGCAGUCCGAAAUAGCCUCAAGCUACCGUAACCGCAGGGUUACAGUAUCCCUUGCAGUCUGAGGUUGUCACCUACAGUAAUCCUUGUAGUCUGGGGCUGUCAACUACAGUAUACCUUGCAGUCUGAGGUUGUCACCUACAGUAAUCCCUGCAGUCUGGGGCUAGCAGCUACAGUAAUCCUUGCAGUCUGGUUACAGUAACCAUUGCAAUCCGAGAUACAGUAACCCUCAGUCUACCGUAAUCCUUGCAUUCUGAAAAUCUAAUAAAAUUGUUGAAAUUCACAAGUUUGUCAAUAUCCCAUCAUUUAUCCUAACACAUUCCCCUUCCGAGAAAUAGUAUAUAAAAAUGAGAGAGACACACAUCGUAAAACAGUCUUUUGACACCUUGGCUCAAAAAACGAGACAGUAUGUGAAAAUAGGAGAGUAUGGUUGUAAACUGUCAUCUCUCGACUUGAUAUUUUACCUAACUUUUGAGAAAAAAUAAAAGUUCGCAUACGAAAUUGAACUUGUCACCUUGAGAUUCAAAAACAGUACACUUACCACUGAACUAAUUGAAUGUUUAUUUGCACACCACUAAAUGUCAAAUAAAUAAUAUUAAACUAGCAGACCAUAUGGUCUGCUGCAUGCCAGUAUAAAAAUAAAAAGCAGCAGACCAUUUGGUCUGCUGAUUAAUUUUAAAGCUGGUCUGAUUAUUCUUCUUUUUCAAUGAUUUGUAUAUGUGAAUUGUUAUAUUUUCAAGUUGUUCUGUUGAUUUUCAUGAUUCACAACUAGGUCAAAGGUUGUAAAACACUUUUCAAGAUGACAAAUUCACGUGACUACCUGCCACAUCAUAAAUCGGUUGUAAAUCUAAAUAAGUCUUGUUGUUUUUUGUCUAUUUUCUUGUCAAAAUAUGACAAUCUGUCGGUUGUAAAUCAAGUUUGACCCUGUUCCAACAUCCUAUUUUUGCACAAAACACAUGAUUUACAACCUACUUGUCAUCCGCUUUUUCAUAGGUCAUCUCUUAUUCAACACUUUUUAUUUACUUCAACUUUUCUUUUCCUUUUCAAAACUCUCGUUUUCAUGCGAAAAUUCAAACAAAAAUAAAUAUUUUCAAAAUCCCACGUUUUGUUUGUCCGCAAUUGCGCGUCAUUUCACGUGUGUCGCACUGAAUUAUUUCGAAUUUUUCAUUUCCGUUUUUUAGCCGCCGCCCAACUCGUAAAUGGCGCAAAUCUUUGGUGAUUUCGAUGAAAUCUGGUCAGUUUUUUGGGUUUUCAUGAAAAUUGGGUGGAUUUUUAUUAGCAUAUAUUGAUUUUACAUGAAAAUAUUGAUUUUUCCAGGCAUUUUCCACCAAAAAUCUCUUUUUGGUGGAAAAUCAACAAUUCGAUGGUGAAAGGAGCAAAUCGAUGGGAAUUUAAGUAAGUUGAGAUGAUUUGAAAGUAAAAGAGAGAUACAUUUAUGAAAAAUAUUGAUUUUUCCAGGUUUUUCUACCAAAAAUCGAUUUUUGGUAGAAAUCAAGGAGGAUUUCUGGAUGGUCAUCUUGAAUUCCAAUCAUAAAAGUAAGUCAAAAUAUAAACAAAAGGGGAAGAUGACCUAGGUCAAUAACUUCCCAAAAAUCUGACCCGACUUGUCACAUGUCAACUUUUCGCUAGUUAGGUCAUCUCUAAGCCACGCCCCUUUCCCCUUCCCCUAUUUUCUAGUCAUUCUGUUAUUAUUUACUUUUUCUAUUCACUUUUCUAUUUAUGUUUUUGCAGUUCAAUCAAUUGCAUCAACAUUAUUGGAACAAAUAUGGAAAUGUAAGUUCAUUUUUCGAAAUUUCAUUCAAUAUUUAGAAAAAAGCAUGAAUUUUUGCAGAUUUCGGCGGACAAAACAACAAUCGAUGGAUUUGA